CCCUGCCAUCAUCGCCGCAUACUCUCCUUCAUGUCUUCCUCCACAACCCCCCAAGCCGAAAGCAGCGUGAAGCGCUCAACAUCCGGCACCCGCAGACCCAUUUCGCGCCCAACAACCCCUCUACGCCCAUCCUCCCGCUCCUCUCUACGCGAAUCUGGCAAGUCAAGUGUAGCAGGAGCAUCAGAUGCACCCUUGGAGGCAUUUGAGCCUGCUUUUGCAGAGCUGUCGGAUUCAAUGGCCGAUUUGGAGGCCAAUUUCAUGCAUAUGCAGUUGAUGCAUGAGAGUUUGGCUAGGUUCAGUGAGAACUUUGCCAGUUUUUUGUACGGGUUGAAUAUGAAUGCAUUUUGUGUGGACUUUCCAGAGGCUCCAAUUCCUGAAUCGUUUCGCAGAGCGAGGGACCAAGAGGAUCAAUUAGGCAGAUCAACAAAUUCGGAAAGAUUUCACGGUGAUAUUGAUGGGGAGACUACUUUCUUAACGACUGAUACAUCAUUUGUCGAAAAUCCACCCACAUCCUCGAAAGCCACACCGAAAUUCUCAACUCCUGCUCCUUCGCGAAUAGGGGGUAGUCGGGGUGGGAUGGCGCCUGCUGGGAGAGGUGGUGCUGCCCGCGGCGGGCUUCGUGGUACUCGGGGUAGUGGUCUUGCUAGAGCAGCAAAGGGUCGUAGUGUGAGAUAG